GGAGCUUGUACGACUAUGCUCCUUUGGACCUCGGCGCGUCUCCGUGGUCCAAGCCUGCCGAUAACAUAGUUCUGAUCCUAGGGCGUCAACUCAUUAAGCAAUGGUCGCUGGAGCAAACAUUGUCAAGCCGGACAUUCAGAGAGCAUAGUCGUACAAGAUCCCAUGGCUUGGAAGUCAAAAUGACUCGAGGUCUGAGAGGACGACACCAAGGGAGGCGUCGUACAAGCUCCCAUGCUUGGAGGUUCGGCAGACUUUGGAUGGAGAAGUCAACAUUGAGAAGACGACGGCUCGGGAGCCGGGCGGCUUGAGGCCGCGAGGACGCAGAGACGCUACUCGUACUCUGUACAAGCUCCCCAAGACGCCAAAAGUCGAUCCGUAAGGCUGGGGCCGAGAGGACAACAACGCAGCAGUGUUGUUAGUCGUACAAGCUCCCAAAAAGCCAGAAAGAAUAAACCUCAGGUUGAGUUUUUUUGUUAUUUUUUGGUGAUUUUUGGUGAUUUUUCAUUUUUUCUGGGGUUUUCUUUUUUUGGCUGUCUGGGUAGCCACCCCAGCUGUGUUUGCGGACAAAGCCGCAAGAGCCUUCCUCUUCGAGGGCACAGCAGCGGCUGGGGCAUGCGAGCCAGGAGGGGGGAAACGGGCGGCGCUUGCCUCUGGUUCGGAGGUGUGGCGUGAUCUAACAGAGAUGGCAGUGAGCAAAGGUCGACAGUCAUCGGAAUGGUAAGGGUAUAAGAUCCGAAUUGGAAAAGAUUCGAAUGGUAAGGACGAAAAGUGAGAAUGCCAUACCUGUUCUGAUCUGCCACACCAUCCUCCUCGCCCGUUCUUGCUCCCGGCUGCACUACAUGCCCAAGCAGGUCAACCCUGGACGACAAUUAUCAGCCACUGUAUUCCCGAGUUAUUGUGUUGGAACUUGCUUACCACACGGGGUUGACAAGCUUGGGCAACUUGUCCCGCUUGUGCUCUGGGCACAGAGGCCAGUCGUCCUCGUCGUCCUCGUCGAUGACCUCACCCAUUGGGUGGGCGACCCGCACUUGCACCUAAAGAGUUGGGAGUUCAAUGGCUACACACGACUAGUCAGCCAAAAGUUCAACACUCGAUGAGAGGUAUAGGGAAGAAAAAGUACCUUAUGGCAGGCCGUUGGUCAGGUUUUGAACUGUGGUAUCAACAGUAUCAGCAUCAGACUCACUCUGGACGCAUGACCUUGAGCAUACCUUGUGCAAACAUUUUGCUCCGAGGAAAGAGAAGAAGAUAGUAAUGGAGCAGAAUACUCACCUCACUUUUGCUAAAUGCGGCAACCCCAUUUUGGGACUAGCGUCCACACUCAAGGUGUACAAUACUCAAGUACGACCUGACGAUUCAAAUUCCAGAAUCAAUCCACUGUUGAUAGCUUGCAGCUUCUACAUAGCCGCAUCCUUAUUUAGCAGAGAAGCUGCGAAAUCACUGACUGGCUUGUUCACGUUUGCCGGCCAUUGUUGCUUCUCUAGGCCUGUAGUUCUAUG